UCACAGUGUUUAUCCGGAAAUGAAAGCUUGCUCCUACAGCUGCACUCGAGAAACGCAAUUAGCCGAUUUUCUACUGUUUUUACACUAAUGAAAUGAAUUGUUACCCUAUAAUUUGAGACAAACCGUCACGAAAGAUUAUGUACAGCGGGCUUCUACCUAAUGAUUUAACAGAGGACGACCUUAGUCCAGAUGACGAAGAGGAUAAGCAGGAGAAUGAUGCUGAGGAGAAGACGAAACAAAGUGAAACGCGCUUGAUAUCUAGUGAAAAGUUAAGCUCUGCCGGGGAAAACACAGACACAGUGAUAGAAACUCAGUCGAGCCACACUGCCAGUGAUGCAGACAGUGAAUUCCCGACAUGCGGUAUGCCUGGUAUUUCCCAGGAAAUGUGGCAAAAAUUCCAAGAUCUGCGGAAGAAAAAUGAUGAAAUGAAGUCAAUGAAAGUUCCUAGAAGAAGGAAAAGAAGGCGACACGUGAAAGAACAAGAAUGCAGAAACCCCACAGGGACAAGAGAACAUCAGGGUAAACAGAAGAAGCACUGGGAUGAGCUUGAACAGUAUUUUGGUGUUAAUGAUCGGUUUGAUCCCCCUACAUGUUCCAAACCCUGUGCACAGUCCGGCCUAGAAAAGAGCAUAGAGAAGGCCAUAGCUGAAGGGGACAUUGCAAAGGCGGAGGAGAUGAGCGACAGACUCGCCACACGAGAGCUGGCCGUGAAAAUCACCCAAGCCGCUGAUUGCCGUGACUUUGUGAAACGCAAACAGGAAGAGGACGCUUUGAGGGCAGCGAGAAAAAGGAAGAAGCAAAUACCCUGGGGGUUUGAGGCGAAAAGACGAUGGGAAACCAAAAGCAACAUGGGUUACAUGUGACACGUGAAGGAAACCCAGCUCGUGGAGGCUGUUUUGAUAAUGCUCCCGUUUUUGUUUUUUUCCACCAUGGACUGAUCCUCUUUCUGUUCAUUCACUUUGUAUAUUUUGAAGACUUCACACCAGCAGAAUGUGAGGAGGAGAAAGUCACACUGUUGGCUGAGGAAGAGCCCAAUCCACACAGUGUAAGGGAGAAAAAACGAUGGCGCAUUCAAAUUAAUUCCCGAGGCGCCCAUUGGUGUCUGCAUUGUGUUAUUUUUCAUUACAUUUCAGUGAUUUGAGCUUUUUGGCCUUUUUUCCCUCCAAAUUAAAUCUGGUGUACAUUA